AUGUUCACCAGUGCCACCAAAACCACGUUUCAGGAUGUACAGCAGACGUGCUACUUCGGAGCAGUGGCCAUUGCUUGGGAAACAAUUGGUACCGGCAUCGUCAUAUUCUACUCCUCUCACCAGUCUGCUGCAUAUGUAGCUGAGGCCUUCUUCUGGGUUGCUGUUGCAAUGAGCUUGGCCGUAACCUGUGGAGGAGUGUAUGCCAUAUAUCGACGUCAGGGACAACAUGAUCUGAGCGAAGUGACUGGAGCAUGGUUUCUCCUUUUCAUACCUAUGAUUGUUGGUGCUGCAUUUGGUUCGAAUCUGGCCAAUGCUCUGUCCCUCGGAAAUGGCCUCGCGAUCAUUGUGGUGUCUUACCUCAUGCUCUCUCUUGGUCUUGGUCUUUCGUUCCUGCUGCUGGGAAUCUAUCUAUGGCGCCUUCUCAGCGACCAGCUGCCGCCCAGGGCAGCCAUUGUCAGCACAUUUGUACCCGUUGGACCUUUUGGGAUGAGUGCUUACGUCUGGGUCAAUCUGGCCGUGGCACUGUCUCGCAAUGUUUCCCAAGCACAUUUUGGAUUCCGUCAAACUUGGGAGCCUCCGUUGAGCAGUGAGACCCAAGCCGCUGUCGCUGAGAUGUUGCUCUGGAUCGGCGUGGUUGGCGCUCUGUUCCUGCUUGGUGUGGCCUCAUUCUUUCUCAUCGAGGCAUUCGCAGCGGUAAUCACUGUUGUUCCGAAGAAAUUCAACAUUGGUGUCUGGAGCUUUGUCUUUCCGUGCGGAGUAUACGCCAAUGCUUUCUGUCGGCUGGCAAAUCUGCUUCGUAAUGAUGGUAUGAAGGGUUGGGCCGCUGCUUGUGCGGUUUUCACUGUACUUCUCUGGCUUAUGUGUGCUACCCUGACAUUCUACAAGGCGGUUUGGCAAGGCAAGCUCUUCUUCGCUCCGGGACUGCAAGGCUGGAUAGAGGAGAAGGAACUUGAGGCACGCUCUAAGAAAGAUGGCUUACCUAGAGAUCAGGCGCUCGAUAGAAUACAGUCUUCACACCGAUCAGGGAUGACUCCGGAGCAGCAUCUGCGGAGACGCAGUCCUAAUAAUGAUGGUUCCUACGAGCCUAGUACAAUCGGUGAGGACAAUGCAAGCAAAGUGUGA